CAAGCAGGCACAGCCCCAAACACCCUGUGCGGAGCGAGGAUGGUACCAGACAAGAUGGAGCAUCCUGUGCCAUAGUUUCGCUAGGGCUUUGUAUGACCAGAGCAGCCAGCGGAAAAAUUGCAAAGAGCAAGCUAAAAAGUGCUCAAGCACCUUUUGUGGCUUUGCCAGAAAGGGAGAUAGUCUCAGCUAUUUCACAUAUUGUUAUGAAUUAAGCUAAAGAUUUCUCUCCCAGCUUGUGUCCUGAGCUUUACUUUUGAAGGCAUAUCGUGUUCACUUUGGGUCUUGGCUGGCUGCGAAUAACAGGACCUUCAGGCAGACCUAAACACACGCAUUAGCUGUGCUGUCCUCUGCAAAGAGGAUUAUUGUGAACUUUCUGUAACCCAUUUUCCUAGAUAUCUUCUGUGGGUUUUUACACAAGAGGACAUGAAUGUGUCAGGUGUAAUCAUCAUACCUGAAGAUUAGGUAAUCUUUGAUAUCUAUCAAUACCUUUCCCAUGUGCAGGUUUAGGAUUUUACAUUAACCUAGUCAGCAAAGACUCCCAGAGAAGUGGAGCACAGCAAAUGACCCGCUUCAUGCCAGCCUGCGAGCUCUAGGGAAGGUUCACCACAGCUCGCCUCGCCUCCCUUCGGGCUUUUGUACAGCACUUCUCUUUCUGACAGUGGUUCAGCUCCUGAUGGAAGAGCAAAACGUUAUCACAGAGAUCCCGGCGGCCCUAAAGCGCCUGGCCAAAUAUGUAGUGCACGGUUUCUACGGAGUAGAGUACUCCCUGGCCUUCGAUAUACUGAUCCGCUACCCCUGCGUGAAGGAGGAUGACUUGUUACAGUUGCUCAAGUAUGAACGUAAACAACUGCGUACUGUCCUCAACACGCUCAAGGCAGACAAGUUUGUGAAGCUGCGUAUGCGAGUUGAAACAGGGCCUAACGGGAAGAGCACAAGGCACAAUUACUAUUACAUCAAUUACAAGGUGCUGGUGGAUGUGAUAAAAUACAAACUGGAUCAUGUGCGCCGGAAAAUAGAGGCGGAGGAGCGGGAUUCAACUACCAGGUCCUCUUUUAAAUGUCCAUCUUGCUCCAGCACUUUCACGGACCUGGAAGUCAAUCAGCUCUUUGAUGUGUUUACAGAGACUUUCCGCUGCACUUACUGCAACACUGAAGUAGAGGAAGAUGCCUCAGCGCUUCCUAAGCACGAUGCUCGAACCUUGCUAGCAAAAUUCAAUGAGCAGAUUGAACCUAUCUUUGCGCUGCUGCGUGAGACCGAAGAUAUUGCUCUGCCAUAUGACUUGCUGGAGCCUCAGCCAAUGGAAAUACCAGAAUUAUCAGAAAGCCUUGAUCAGGUGGGUUCGAGCGUGCUGGAAUCCCACAGCCAACCUGAAAAAUGGGCCAACAGAAGUUCUUCUUUUGGAAAUAUGUACACCCAGAAUGUAGUUAUUGAUGUCCAAGACACUGAGCCCAAGAAGAAAACGAGAGAAAAAGCAACUAAAGAGCAACCUAUCUGGAUGUCAGAGAGCACUGUGGAAGGCGCAACAACAACCACCUCCAACAGCAGCGUUGGAGUAAAGGCCUCUGAAGAAAGUGUUAAAGAAACUGUCACUGAUAAUGAAAUCAUCAAGACCCUUCUGAUCCAUGAAUCCAAGCCAUUGCCCAGCACAUGCCAGGCUCCUGCUGUCAAAAGCAAACCACCUGGCUCAGGCAGCGAUACUGGAGAGGCUGAAGAAGGUGCUCAGUGCUCAAGAACAGGAAUGAAAAUAGCCGGCAGCAACUUUGACCAAGAGGAAGAACAGGAAACACAAGGUCCGAUCGUGAUGGUGGCUGGUCAGCCUCAUUCAUAUGGUGAAGUUAGUGAAAACCCAGAGCUUGUGUCUUUCAUGACAAAUGAAGAGAGAGCAGCUUAUAUAAAAGUCGGACAAGAAAUGUUCCAGUCUGUCUUUGAAUAAAUACCCAUGUAUGAACAUGCAAACUUGUAUAGAAUGGGUAAAGGCUUCUUUUGAAAUAAAACAAUUUAUUAGUUUAACUUAUGUUCUUCAAAGUUAACCCUUCAGUGGUAAAGUCUUCUUUGAACUCCUUGCUGUUAUGUAAGAGAAUAAGCCUGUAGUAGGCAACUACAGUUCAGAACACUAGCAGUGCAGCAAAAGCAACCCAAUGUCACAUGGGGGGUUUUCUGUUGUCUUAAUGCUCAGACUUUGUGAAUGCUGUAGUUCCUUUUGGAGCAUGAAUCAUUUCAAGCUACAGUGGGAUAUAAGUGAUCUGAGGAAAAUAAAGUUUCAGAGGCAAUGUUCCAAUAUACUGGAAGAAAUUGACUAUUCUGCUUCACUCCCAGAAGCAGCAGAUAUUUACAGUAGUGAAAGUGAGCUAAACCUCAGUGUGAUCUGGUUUCACUCCAUACCGCUGCAUUCUCUUGUGUUAGGUCAUUCACAACACUAACAGACACGUCUUAGACGGUAACCUCCCUCUAAGGGAAGAGCUGGUACUAAAUUGUGUUAGUUACAGAAGAGAGCCAGCCUCUUACCUGCCAUCUUUAAAAUAAUCUGAAUUCUUUGACCUCACUGCCCUACAGAACUCUCUCUGAAAUGAACUGUGCAGUGGAUAUUGGACAGUAAAAUAUCCAUUUUGGUCUAGAGUGGUAAGGAAGCAAGCAGUGUGUCAAGCAGAAGAUGCUGCUUCUCAGACCUCAUUCACACAUUCUCCUGUAGUCAUUUUAAGCAAGAUCUUCUCUACUACCAUUGAAGAACACAUUUUACUUGAACUGAACUGUAUCUGAGUAGAACUGGCAUCAGAACAUAAGAUACAGCUUAACUUCUUCAGCAACUCUACUACUUCAGCGAUGGAUUAUGAAAGUAGACUACAAGGGUGCAAACUGAAACACAGGAGAUUCCCUCCGAAUGUUAGGAAGUGCUUUCUUGCUGUGAGGGUGACUGAGGCUGCAGAGGCUCCCAUGAUGGAAACCCUCUGAAGCCUCCCAGGCAGCCACCUCUGUGUCAUCCUGCUUGAGCCAGGGCUUGGGACAUGACAUCCAGCAAUCCCUUCCAACCUCAGCCAUCCUGUGACUCUCUGAAGAAGGGGCAGAGAGAAAGCAUGACCGAAGAAAUAUCAUUUCAAUGCAUCAUUCAUACACACCAUUCCAGGGCAAGAGUUCAGGAAUGGUGUAGGCUCAUGCUAUUUCAUGAGCUUAGAGUGUUUACAUGGUAAAUUGUUAACUAGAGGUCUCAGAUAUGUACAUAUCUUGCUCUACUUUAUGAAAAUGUCCUCUUUUGGAGCUACUGUGUGAUUCUUGUAUCA